CAUUCCUUCUUCUUUUUUCACAUUUUUACACAUCAAAUAGAAAACUUUAUUCAGGAAAAUGGGUCCAAAAUACAUUCAGGGAUUUGUAAUUGUGCUUUGUGCUUCCUUGUUGGGAGUUGCUCUGGCCAACAAAGAUUGGCAAUAUGGAUAUCACAAUGGUCCAUGGGGUGCGAAACAUGGCUCCCCUCCCCCUAAUCCCAAAGACACUCCUCAAAAGAUUCUUGUGGGUGGCUCUGCUCACUGGACCUUCGGCUUUAACUACUCCGUCUGGGCUUUCAAGAACGGACCAUUCUUCGUAAACGAUUCUCUUGUGUUCAAGUAUGAUCCACCAAGCGAGAAGAACGUACAUCCUCAUAGUGUCUACUUGCUACCGGACAUGUGGAGUUUCUUUACGUGUAACCUAACAAAUGCAGUGAAGAUUGCAAAUGAGACAGAAGGAGCCGGUGAGGGGUUCGAGUUCGUGUUGAAAAAGUGGAAGCCUUACUAUUUUGCUUGUGGGGCUAGCAAUGGCUACCACUGCAACUUUGGAAACAUGAAGUUCUUCGUGCUGCCAUUUCCUCGUCGUUGGCACUAUUAGUUGAUUGCUCAUAACAGUCUAGAUUGGGAAGAGGGAUAACUAUUUACUUUAAUUGAGUGUUUUUUUGACAAUAAAAAUGUUCUAUCUUUGUUAAUUUAUCUGUGUUAAGCAUCUUCUAUAUUAUUAGCUGAUGCAUAAGUCUCGGCAAAGAGAAGACAUUAUGUUGUUAGUAUGCCUUUCUGAGUUUAAUAAUUUUAUUUAUUUGAGAUUGUUUUGUUUUAUUAAUGAACGAACUCAUUUCCUGCUA